AAAAAUGGCAAAAUUUUUCAUUCCAGAUAAUAAAUCUUGAAAACCCAAGAAAAAAAUAUAAAAAUAAUAAUAAUUGAUCUUAAAAAACCAAGAAAAUAAAAAUGGUGGAUUUGAAGAGAUGCAUUGUGGCAUUGUCUGUGGCCUAUCUAACCUUGAGAACCAUUGUCAUUCAUGCCGAUGCCUCAAACAAAUUCUGUGGCACCGCCCUGGACAAACCGCGUUGUGAGAAAAUGGCGAAGGGUGCAACAAAUUGGGAUGAGGCAAUAACCAAAGUCAUAAAUGAGGCUUUGAAUGUAGUGGCUAAGGCCAGUACGUCAGGAGGCCCCGCGUGCAAAGAGUCCUACAAACACACAGAAGACAAAUUGAAGGAGUGCUUGAAGACAGCUCGCGAUGGAAACAAGGAUGGUACCUUGAACUUCGAAAUCUCAGCAGCACUAACAAGCGUUACUGGCUGCACUAAGGCACUCAAAGGCAAGAAGGAAGACGUGGCUGCGGCUAUGAAAUUGAACGAGGAUGUCGAGCAAGCCGUUAGAGUUUGUUUAGCUGUUGAUGCAUCCAAGUCUGCCCCCUAAAACACAUAAUUAUAUUCUACCCAAUCAUAUCAUGAAAUUAAAUAUAACGUUGGAAAAAACUGCAUUUUAAUUUCCUUU